AUGCUUGCCCGCCGUCUGCUACCACACUCUCCCUCGUCUCAGACCUCCAUGGUUCGUGCCUUCACCUCGUCUGCCCUGCUUCGAGAGCCUCGGCGUAGUCCCGCAAUGAGCGACAUCACUCCCGACUCAGCAGAGAUCUUCAACCAGAAGCAAAAGGAAUUCCGAGAUGGACUUGAAGCGGCCCGGAAGAGAAAAGAACAAGCUGAUAAAGAAGCACGACAAGCCGAAACGGAUACGUCCACGAAGCGAUCAGGGGCCCUCUCCAGCUUGAUUUACGGCACGCCCGAGGGCCGGAACAUGGAUAAAGAGAUGGAGCGCUCCUUCUCUCAAGUGCUAGCCCGAGGCAAAUAUGUUCAUUCGAUCGUUUUCCACGACGUGAAGCCAGACAAGGUUGACGAAUACGUCGAGCUGGUGGGGAAUUGGUAUCCCAGAAUGGCGAAUGACCCGGAGCAAAAGGUGCAUCUGGUGGGCAGCUGGAGAACAGAAGUUGGCGAAUGCGAAACUUUCGUCCACAUUUGGGAGUACCAACGUUACACUGGUUACCACGGAUCACUGCACAGCAUCCAGCACCAUCCCGAAUUCCCGGCUUUUGAGAAGCAGUUAAACACCUUGAUCACGUCCAAGAAAAUCGACCUGAUGCAGGAGUUCUCGUUCUGGCCCACUACACCACCUCGGAAGCUAGGCGGUCUAUUCGAGCUGCGAUCAUACACAUUGCACCCAGGCAAUCUAUUAGAGUGGGAGACGCACUGGCGGAAAGGGCUCAAGGCGCGGCGGGAGGUCAUGGAAGGCGUAGGAGCCUGGUUCGUCCAGAUUGGAGAUCUGAAUACGGUCCAUCAUCUAUGGCAGUUUGCUGAUUUGGAGGAACGGAAGCUGAGGCGAGAGAUGUCGUGGGGUAUCGAAGGAUGGGGUGAUACUGUGCACAAGACGGUGCCACUCAUUCAGACCAUGAAGAGCAAGAUCCUGAUUCCUAUGCCCUGGAGCCCUGUCGGCUAA